AUGAUUAAUCUCUUUAAUUCAAUGGAAGGCAAUGGUAUUGUAGCUGACUGCAAUGUUUUCAACAUAUUAAUUGAUGCAUAUGCUAAAUGUGGAAUGAUGCAUGAAGCUAUGCUCAUAUUUACCAAAAUGCGGGAACAAGGAGUGAGUCCGAAUGUAUGCACCUAUGCAACUGUAAUAGCUGCACUUUGCAGAAUGGGUAGGCUGUCUGAUGCAAUGGGCAAAUUAAAUGAGAUGAUUGCUACGGGAUUACAACCGGACGUGGCUAUUUAUACAUCCCUAAUUCAGGGCUUCUGUACACAUGGUGAUUUGGGGAAAGUGAAGGAGCUGGUUUCUGAAAUGAUGAACAAAGUUGGCAAGAUGGAUAAAGCAUUCAAAGUACUUGAUGACAUGGUAUCAGCUGGCAUUGAGCCUGAUGUUUAUACAUAUACUACCCUUCUUGAUGGCUAUUCUAGAAAUGGAAGGAUUGAUGAUGGGUUGACACUAUUCAGCGAAAUGAUGCAUAAAAAAAUUAAACCUACAACUGCUACAUAUGGCACCUUACUAAAUGGGUUGUUUCGUGCUUGGAGAACUGCUUCUGCGAAGAAAAUGAUCCAUGAGAUGAUUGAAAGUGGAACAACAGUGAGCCUUUCAAUAUACGCUAUAAUUCUUGAAGGACUUCGUAGAAAUAAUUGCACUGAUGAAGCAAUCACGCUGUUCCAGAAAGUACGUGCAAUGAAUAUAAAAUUGGAUGUUGCAAUACUCAAUACCAUGAUCAAUGCAAUGUUUAAGGUUCAAAGAAGAGAAGAAGCUAAUGAUUUGUUUGCUUCAAUAUCGGCCAGUGGAUUGGUACCUAAUGCUUCUACCUACCGCACAAUGAUAACAAAUCUUCUAAAAGAAGGAUUAGUGGAAGAAGCUGAAAACAUGCUCUCAUCAAUGGAGAAGAGCUGUUGUGCUCCGGACUCUCGUCUUAUUAAUGAUACCAUCAGAAUAUUAUUGGAACAAGGUGAGGUCGUCAAGGCUGGAAAUUAUAUGUCUAGAGUUGAUGGCAAGAGCAUCUCACUUGAAGCUUCAACUACUUCGCUGCUGAUACGUCUCUUUUCAAGGGAAGGAAAAUAUAGGGAGAAAAUAAAAUUGCUCCCUGUAAAGUAUCAAUUUUUUGGUGGAGCUACAGUUGAGUAGUGCAUUGUGUUUGGGCAUAACUCCUCAGAAGGCUCAGUUCAGUUAUUGUGUGCCAUCAGGCCCUCUUGUUGGGUUAAGGAAUUCCGAUUACUUGCUUGUAGAAAAUCGGAUGGGAUUUGCAUCAUUGUUAAUAGCCUGAUGCAUCUGAAAUGAAAUACGGAGUACUAGACAUAUGCCUGCACAAUUCCAUCCAAUGUCUGAAGUUUCCUCCAAGUAAUAUUGUUGUAAUCUCGUACUGCCAUAGAGUAUUUUUAUUUGGGUAACACCAUCACGAAGGGUUAUGAUGUACCAACCUCAAAUAUUAAUUGUAGGUAUCACUUCCAGAAUAGAUGAUGCACCCUGAUAAAAAGUCUUGUGUUCCUAGCUCAUGUAUUUUUGGUCUGUGGUUUUGGAGGAAUGGAGGUUCACAUU